AUGUUGCCUCUCGGUCUUCUGACGGCCGCACAAGGCCACCCAAUGCUGGUCGAACUCAAAAAUGGCGAAACACUCAACGGCCAUCUCGUCAAUUGCGACAACUGGAUGAACCUAACACUAAAAGAAGUUGUCCAAACCACCCCGGAAGGCGAUCGCUUUUUCAGACUACCAGAGGUCUACGUGAGAGGUAACAAUAUAAAGUACCUCCGAGUUCCCGAGGAAAUCCUCGAUAUCGUCAAAGAACAGCAACAGAACCAACCUUCCGGUCGUGGCGGUCGUGGUGGACGAGGCGAUGGUAAAGAUAGAGGUCGUGGCGGGCGAGGUGGGCGAGGCCGUGGUCGUGGUCGCGGUGGUUGA